CUAAUAUUUAUGUCUUUUUUCAGUUCUCAAAAAAAAAAAUUCAAAGAUACUAUUAAAUUUUGUGGAUUCCAGUUUUUAUAUUAUAACAAGAUAUAAAAGAAAAACAGAAGAAAAAAUAUUGAAACUGGAAGUACUAAAAAUGCUUCAACAGCGCUAUUUAUUGCUUAUAUCAACAUGCGUUUUGUUGAUAUCAAAGUCAGGAUCCGUUCCAGUAGAGGAGAUUUCCUCUGAUCUGAGUGCCCAAUCGGUGGACAAGAGCGCGGGAGAAAAAGAAAUAAAGGACAUGAAAGAUUUUUUUAAACGUUAUUAUGAAUUUGAAGAAGAUCUGAACUUGGGAGAGAGCUCAAAAGAUGGUCAUGGUGGGGCCAAUACUCCUAUAAUUGAUGUCACAGAAACUCCAUCAUUUAUGGAACGUGUUAUUAAACUCCAGUUGGAUUUUAAAUUAGAGCCAACAGGUAAACUGAGUCACGAUUUGGUGAAAAAAACGAAACAGACUGAUCGAUGCGGAAUGACAGAUCCGCCGAGAGAUGAUGACGCCCCAUCGAAUUAUGUUGUUAAAAGUUCUUGGGACUCAAAAUACGAUUCUAGAAACAAGCGAUAUCAUUUGACAUACUCGUUUUUAAGAAAUACAUUUCCCUCAAAGUUAACCGAACGAGUUAUAAAACAAGGAGUUCUGAGUGCAAUGUGUAUGUGGGAAUGGAAUUCCAACGUCCGGUUUACAAAAGACAUUGGGGAUAAUAAAGAAAACAUUGCUGAUAUUUCAAUCGCCUUUGGUUCGGGUGACCAUGGAGACAGAUUUAGUUUUGAUGGGAAAGGUGGAACAUUGGCACAUGCGUUUUAUCCUGAAAAUGGCAGAUUACAUUUUGAUACAGAUGAAUCGUGGUAUCUAUCAAUCGAUGAUAAUCAAAUUUGGAGUGACAGAGAUAUAUUUACUGUGGCCGCCCAUGAACUUGGCCAUAAUCUUGGACUUGACCAUUCAAACACAGACGCAUUAAUGGCACCGUUCUACGAAUUUCGGAAAUCUUUCAAGAAUUACGAACUUCCAAGUGACGACAAAGACGGAAUGGCCAGCAUGUACGGAUAUCACAAUCCUACAAAUCCAGAGCAUGAAAGCAGGAGCGCAUGUAGAACGUUAGCCAGUCACUAUGGAGUAAAGAAAAAUAAGAAGGAUGGCACGGGCACGACAACAACUUCCACACUGCCACCAGCUUCAACACAAGGCCCAACCAUUAAAACAACACAGCCUACAACUACGACCGCAGCUCCAACAGGAGUUCCUGGAUGUAGGGACGAUGCGAUCAUGGGACAAAACUGCCCAAGAUGGAAAGAGUUGGGAUAUUGUACUCGAGAGGGUCAAGCAGAAACAAUGGGUCGAAGAUGCAAAUUCACCUGUGGACUCUGUCCAGUCAAUCCCACAGAUGGAGGUACAAGCGAGAAGGUUAUGCCAGACAGCGUUUGCCAGAUUGGUCAAUUUGAUGCUACAGCGACCAGGUACGACGGAGGAGAAUAUUUCGAAUCGUUUCAUUACAAGAGUGGAUACUACGUCAGAACUUUCACUCGCCUGAUAGAUUCACAAAAUAAAAAGUACAGCCUUCUUAACCACACCAAUCAUAUCGAAGAUAGUCUUUACUGGUUGGCCGAUCCAAAGAAAUACAAACCAGGGACUCGUAAAACUGAUAGUUUAUUCAGCAAAACGACAGCCGUCACGUCCGUGAUUCCAGCUCGCAAAUGGUACCUUGUUUUCGAUGAUAAGGGAAACGUAGAUCAAUAUAGCAGAGGAACGCCGACUACAGUACACAUUCAUAAACAUAAGAUAGGAGCGCUGUUUCAAAGUUAUCCACAUAAUGGAGUUGAUGCAUCAUAUUCUGAAGACAAAAUAGUCAAAGAUUCGUCCGGAAGAAGUCGACGUGAGACUCAUUACACAUUAUUCAAAGGAGAAAAAAUGUGGCAAUACAGAGAAAACGAUCAAUCACGGAUAUUAGACACUCGAACAUCUGGAGACGAGUUGAGAUAUUUCCCUAUCAGUGGCAAAACUAAUGUGGAUAUUUCUAGUUGGUAUGGAGUCCCGGCUUGUAAUGUUGAUUCAGUGUUCAAAUACAAAGAUGUUCCAUACUUCUUGAAAGGAAACGUCUUCUGGCCAGCUACAGAUCAAGAACCGGCAGUAGCGAGAGACAUGACAUACCAUUUUUUCCGCUGCCCAGACAAAUCGCCAGCUACAGUGCCGGUACCCACUGGUUGUACAAAGUAUCUCGGACUGACUGAAUCGUCUGCAAGCAGCACAACAUUAUCAAUGAUGGUCAUAUUUUUAUCCUUGAUAACAACCUUUUUAUUACGAUAAAGAUAGACUUAUUGAACUACAACUUGUCACAGCAGGUGGAAAUGCCGUAAAGUCCUAAUUUCUUCACUUCAAAAUCUAUGCCAUAGCUAAUGUUUUUAAAUACAAAAAUACUACCUGAAAUUGUUGGUUAAGACUCAGGUAAAAUUUAUCUAAACACUACUGCUGUACACUCGCUCACUUCAUUUUU